AUCUGCUCUUUGAAGCUUCUGGCCAGCUUGCAUUGUUUCUAGGAGAACCUGCAUCAUCCCUUUAUCUAGAGCCUUCCCCUAGGUCUUCAGAAGCAUCAGGUGUUAACUGUGGACAUUGGAUUUGGUGGAACAGCAAUCAUGACUGUGGGCAAGAGUAGCAAGAUGCUGCAGCACAUUGACUAUAGAAUGAGAUGCAUCCUACAAGAUGGCCGAAUCUUCAUUGGCACCUUUAAGGCUUUUGACAAGCAUAUGAAUUUGAUCCUCUGUGAUUGUGAUGAGUUCAGAAAGAUCAAGCCAAAGAAUGCGAAGCAACCAGAGCGUGAAGAAAAGCGGGUUUUGGGUCUGGUGUUGCUACGUGGGGAGAACUUGGUAUCCAUGACUGUGGAGGGGCCACCCCCCAAAGAUACUGGCAUUGCUCGGGUACCACUUGCUGGAGCUGCAGGAGGCCCUGGGGUUGGUAGGGCAGCUGGUAGAGGAGUACCAGCUGGUGUGCCAAUUCCCCAGGCCCCUGCUGGAUUAGCAGGCCCUGUCCGAGGAGUUGGAGGCCCAUCCCAGCAGGUAAUGACUCCACAGGGAAGAGGCACUGUAGCAGCUGCCGCUGUUGCUGCGACUGCCAGCAUUGCUGGAGCCCCAACACAGUACCCACCAGGACGGGGAACUCCGCCCCCACCUGUCGGGAGAGCAACCCCACCUCCAGGCAUUAUGGCUCCUCCACCUGGUAUGAGACCACCAAUGGGCCCACCAAUUGGGCUUCCCCCUGCUCGAGGGACACCAAUAGGUAUGCCCCCUCCGGGAAUGAGACCCCCUCCACCAGGCAUUAGAGGUCCACCUCCCCCAGGAAUGCGUCCACCAAGACCCUAGCAUACUGUUGAUCCAUCUCAGUCUUUCUCUCCCCUGCAAUGCGUCUUCUGAAAUUGUGUAGAGUGUUUGUGAGCUUUUUGUCCCCUUGUUCUGCAUUAAUAAUAGCUAAUAAUAAAUGCAUAGAGCAAUUAAA